AUGGAGAAGAAGAACUUCACCACCCCAGUGACAGAAUUUGUCCUCUUGGGCCUCACUCAGAGACCUGAGCUGCAGUCAUUCCUUUAUGUGACUUUCUUCAUAGUCUACAUAAACACCUGGCUGGGAAACUUCAUUAUUAUCACCACUGUGAUCUCUGACUAUCAGCUCCACACCUCCAUGUAUAUCCUGCUGCCCAUCUUGGCUUUCCUAGAUAUCAGCAAAUCAUCAGUCAGUACUCCAAAAUUACUCUCAGAUCUCCUCUCACAGCAUAAAACCAUCUCAUUCAAUGAAUGCAUCCUUCAGAUGUUUUUCUUCCACUUCUUUGCUGGCACUAUGGGGUUUUGCCUUGUGGGGAUGGUGGUCGAUUGGUAUGUGGCCAUCUAUAAACCACUGCAAUACUUGACUAUCGUGAAUCGGGGUAUAUGCAUGAGGAUAGUGGCACUGGCGUGGCUGGUUGGAUUGGUUCACUCUGCUAUUCGGACUGGACUGCUCCUCCAGUUACCGUUCUGUGGUCCAAACAUCCUGGACAAUUUCUACUGCGAUGUCCCACAAGUCAUCAAACUGGCCUGCACCAACACUCACUUGGCUGAAAUGCAGAUGAAUUUCAACAGUGGGUUAGUGAUCAUAAUAUUAUUCAUUAUUCUGCUUAUUUCUUACACCAUCAUCUUAAUCAAGAUCAGGACACAUGUCACGGAAGGGAAGCACAAGGCUUUGUCCACCUGUGGAACCCAGAUCACUGUGAUGUGUUUGCAAUUUAUACCCAGCAUCUUUAUCUAUGCUUUGCCCAUCAAGCAGUUCGCCCUGCAUAAAGUUGUCUCUGUCAUUUACUUUGUAAUCACCCCAAUGCUGAACCCGAUGGUCUACACCCUGAGAAACGCUGAGAUGAAGAAGGCCAUCAGGAGACUAUUGAACAGAAUGCUGUUCUCACGGUGGGAAAGACAGACAUAG